CAUCUGAGCCCAUGGACGUGGAGAGUCCCAUCGACACAGGAUACAUAAAGACAUUUUUCAUAUCAGUGUCAGAAGUUCACCCAAGUGUACCAGUGCUCCAUUGUUGGAGGGGAAGUCCUAAGGAUAUUGUUUGCUGCUGUGCAUCAGAGCCCAUGUACGUGGAGAGUCCAACCGGCACAGGAUACGUAAAGACAUUUUUCAUAUCAGUGUCAGAAGUUCACCCAUCUAGACUUCAAAACAAAAUGAUGCUCAUGCCGCCAGACGUGUUUGAAGAGCUGGAACCUCAACUCCGUUGUUGGAGUGGAAGUGGAUGUUAUUGCUGCUGUGAACAAAGGAGGGAUUGAUAAGGUUUUAUGACACCUCACGCCAAAUCCUAAAUGGUUUGCAGCAAAUGACUCCUUGUUGUUCCCUAGCAUUGGUGAUCUGAAUGUCUCUGGAACAGUAUAUUCCAUCAUACAAAUGUUGGGAAUGUCUAUUUUGUGAUGUCAUUAAAACCUUUAUAUAAACGUUAUAAUGAAAAUAUUGUAACUUGAAGAGCUUUCAUACUGUGCCUCUCAAGUUUGCAUCCGUUACAAUGUGUAGGAAAUAUCCAGGAGGAAGAUAAUAUUUUUGUAAAGAUAGGAAGAUGAUUUUGGUUCUCUAACGAAAUCAUAGUGUUCAUAAUACUUUGCCCCAGUAACUAGCCACGCCCACGGAAGCUCAGAAAGAGUGUCCGCAUGACGUAAACACCCUCUUUACCAGAAUGUAGAAAAGGUUGAGUUAAGAAUUAACAGAUUAGACUAGACGGACCUGAAGCUGCAGCUAGGUCUAUAUUGGUCCCGACCCUGAAAAACAACACGCGGUUGAAGAAGACGAAGGAGCCUCUAAACAGUCAAUGCUACGGUUGAGAAAAUGUUCUAAGUACUGUAUCUAAGAAAGUGAAUUUAAGUAGGACCAUCCGGCUACUCUCUUCAAAUCAUUGUCAACGACACUGUUCUCAUCACCCAUCGACACAGAUCUUCGACACGGCUGAUUAGCCGUCCUCAGAAGAUCACCCUCCUAGUCCACAGACUACAGAACCAGACAACUAUCAUCCAGAACACGAGGAGAAGACCCCACCGAGCCCUUUCCACGGAGGCCUGGGUCCAACAGAGUUACACGACCUCCAACACGUAAACACAUGCAUUACUUCUUACCAAACGGGUGGCAGUUCGGGGCAAGGUAUUAGGAUUACUGUCCGAGUAGUUCCCAAAUGUAUCCAAGUGUUGCUUCUCUUCCUCUCUCGCUUUCUCUCUUUCUUUAACUCUCCAUCUUUUAUAACAAGUGUAAUAUUGUGCUAGUCCGCUAGGGACCGUUUUCAUCGUAUUAAGUUUCUAAAUCCCUAACCUAUACCAUGUAUGUGUUGUAUCUUGUGUUAUCAUUUUAAUUAGUUAGUAAAUAAAUAAUUACAUCAA